AAAUAUAUAAAUUUAACAAAAACAAACCUAGGCAGAGAUACUACAGCGGCUCAGGCAAGAGAUGUUGGGUUUAGCCACCACCGCUACCGCUACCACCGCCACCGCAGCUCCGACCACCGCCGCGAAGAAUCGCGUUCUCUGCAGCUCAGGAAGACUUCAGCGGGGUUUUGUUCAGUGGUUUCAGCGUUCUUCGGUCACGUGCUAUCGCAUUACCUCUCCAUCGCUGCGGUCUAAUUUCUGCGCAGUCAAGGCUAUGGCGGAGGCGGACACCAUUUCGAUUCUGAAGGCUCAGUCUCAGUCCACUGCUUCGGGCAACAAGCAAGCUUUGAUUUCGUUGUCCGACAAAAAGGAUCUAGCUUUCCUUGGAAAUGGCCUCCAAAGUUUAGGAUAUACAAUUGUUUCAACUGGAGGAACAGCAUCAGCUUUGGAAAAUGCAGGGGUCUCUGUAACUAAAGUGGAACAGCUUACCUGUUUUCCAGAAAUGCUUGAUGGCCGUGUGAAAACUUUACAUCCAAACAUACAUGGGGGUAUUCUUGCUAGAAGAGACCAAAAGCUUCACAUGGAAGCUCUUAAUGAGCAUGGAAUUGGUACUUUUGACGUGGUGGUGGUGAACUUGUAUCCGUUUUAUGAUAAAGUUUCUUCUGGAGGAAUUGAAUUUGAAGAUGGAAUUGAGAACAUUGAUAUUGGUGGCCCAGCCAUGAUCAGAGCAGCUGCAAAGAAUCACAAGGAUGUUUUGGUUGUUGUUGAUUCACAAGAUUAUUCCGCACUCCUAGAAUUUCUCCAAGGGAACCAGGAUGACCAACUGUUCCGAAGAAAGCUUGCUUGGAAGGCUUUCCAACAUGUUGCUUCUUAUGAUUCUGCAGUUUCAGAGUGGCUGUGGAAGCAGACUGUAGGAGACAAAUUUCCUCCCAGUCUGACAGUUCCUCUCUCACUCAAAAGUUCUCUUCGUUAUGGUGAAAACCCUCAUCAAAAGGCUGCAUUUUAUGUUGACAAGAGUCUUUCUGAGGUUAAUGCUGGUGGUAUUGCUACUGCCAUUCAACACCAUGGAAAGGAGAUGUCAUAUAAUAACUAUUUAGAUGCUGAUGCAGCUUGGAACUGUGUGUCAGAAUUUAAGAACCCUACAUGUGUAAUAGUAAAGCAUACAAAUCCCUGUGGAGUAGCUUCACGUGAUGACAUCCUUGAAGCUUAUAGAUUAGCUGUGAAAGCAGAUCCAGUGAGCGCAUUUGGUGGUAUUGUAGCCUUCAACAUAGAAGUUGAUGAGGCACUUGCAAAAGAAAUCCGUGAGUUUAGGAGUCCAACUGAUGGUGAAACACGGAUGUUUUAUGAGAUUGUGGUUGCACCCAAGUAUUCACAAAAGGGACUUGACAUCCUCCGUGGAAAAUCAAAAACUUUAAGAAUUUUGGAAGCAGGCAAGAAUGAGAAAGGAAAGCUUUCACUUCGACAAGUUGGUGGGGGUUGGUUAGCGCAGGAUUCAGAUGAUUUAACCCCAGAAGAUAUCCCAUUCAAAUUAGUUUCUGAGAAGGCUCCUCCGGAAAGUGAGCUUCGCGAUGCUGAGUUUGCAUGGUUGUGUGUCAAGCAUGUCAAGAGCAAUGCCAUUGUAAUAGCAAAGAAUAACUGCAUGUUAGGCAUGGGGAGUGGGCAGCCAAACCGCCGGGAGAGUUUGAGAAUUGCAGUGAGGAAAGCUGGGGAUGAGGUCAAAGGAGCUGCUUUGGCCAGUGAUGCUUUCUUCCCAUUUGCUUGGAAAGAUGCGGUGGAAGAAGCAUGCGAGAGUGGGAUUGGUAUCAUUGCAGAGCCUGGAGGGAGCAUCAGAGAUGGUGAUGCCAUAGACUGCUGUAACAAAUACGGGGUAUCACUUCUUUUCACCAAUGUGAGGCACUUCAGGCAUUGAGGAUGAGGUUCUUCUGUGUUGCACCCGUCCUUACUCCAUUACAGCUUUCUUCAAAGUUUUGGUGUUUAAAAGGAGGAUGAUGCCAUUCCCUCCAUCCCAACUGUGGAAGGAUGAAAUAUAAGAUAUAAAUGUUGUGCAAUCCAUCUUAAUUGUAUUGUUAGUCUAGGAGGCAAGUGCUGUACCUUAUGUAUUUGGUUAUCUCAAUUCUGUGCUUGAUGGAUUUAGGUAAUGCACGCAUUGCUCAGAGAUGUGAAAAGGCAAGUCUUGAUAAUAAUUGUCCCUA